UUCUGAAAGCAGAGAAUAGAAUAUCUCAAGUUCUCAACCUUCCAAAACACACACAAAAAUAUGAACCACCACCAUAAUCAUCAAGACAAUAACAAUGGUGAUGUUUUGAACACCAUGGUGGAGUCCCUGAGAGGCAGAUUACUCGCCGAGAGACACGCUUCAAGGCUAGCAAGGGACAAAGCUCAAUCAUUCGAAAACAGGUUUGUGGAACUGAAAAAUAAACUAAGACAAGAGACCAAACUAAGAGACAAAGCCCAAAGAAAACUUGAGUUCUUCAAGGAGAAGCUUCAAUCUUUCAACAUAUCUUAUUUGGAUCCGAAUCAUCAAAGCACUGAAAAUUUGAGGAAUAAUAAUGAUAAUGAUAUCAGCAGGCUUUCACUUUCACCUUCAAGCUCGAAAAUAUCGGCAACGAGUUAUGAUCACGUCUCAAAUCACACUAUAAAUCCAAGCAAUGUUGAUUUAAAGAAUGAUCACAACAGUUUAAGCACAAAAGCAUCAUCAGUGAUGGAGGAGAAGGAGGAUAAUGACUUUGAUAACUCUCUAGCAUUAGUUCCUGUGAAUGUGACUUUGGUAUCCACCAACAACAAUAACAAUAAUAAUGAGAGGGCAGUUCAUGAAAGUGUGAUUGAAGCUCUAGAUGCAUUGAGGCGUGCCAAAGAAGGACUUGUAUGUGCCAUGAUGGCAACAACAAAGCCAAUCAUUAAAGUUGGUCCAACUUACAACUUAGAAGACACUAAUAAUGAUAAAGCUAAAUUAUUUAUGUACUAAUAAGGGCUC